ACCACGAGGGGCAGCUAGCCUUAUGAAGUCUUGUUUUUUCUUCUCCCCGAGGCAAUAAAUACGCAUUGGAGGGAAGGAAAAGGGGCCAGUGGAAGGGAAGAGGAUAAAGGUACUGAAAAUGGAGGAAAGAUGUUUCAAACGAACAUUGGGAAAGGGAUGGUACUCAGGGCACUAGUGGAGGGUUUGACGUCCAGCUGGAUUUGGAGAAGAUAUUUCAGGCCCUACUUGUUAAUGAUCCCGGAUGAAGCAGUGGUUACAUUUUCAGUAAUCUGGACCCACACUGUGCUGAAAGCCCACAUUAUUCUGGUGUGGGUGGUCCAUUAUCUAACUGUUUGGAGAGUUGGGUGUGUGUCCCACAGCCGCUAUUAAACAGCUCUGUGAUCUUGGACAAAAAAGUCACUUCUUAUCUCUGAGCCUCAAUUUCCCCAUCCUGUAAAGUGGCAGAUUUGAACUCAAGGUCCUGGGUCCUUUGCACUUGGCAGCAGUACUAACUUCUCAUAUGAGUAGAAGAAGGUCUAUUUUAGGUGAAGGAUUAAUACCUCUAUUGUGUGAUUUUUGUCUUAGAGUGAGAGAGAGGUCACAGUCCCUUCCCUCUGUGCUGGAGAGAGAGGUGAUUUGACCAGAAUUGUAAAUGGCUCUGUAUUUUAUUUAUAAACGUAUAUAAUGUUCAUUAAAAUAGACUGAUUUGUUACCAGGAAUCUAAGGGCAUCCUUCUAAAUACUAUAAAAACUUAGGCCCUUUAUUAGCUAUAUACAUAUCUGAGCCUCAGGAAUAUCAGGUAACAUUGCUCACUUGUUUCAGGAAAAUGAUGUAUCAUCAUUUGAAUGCACAAGUCCACCCAUUGGUCAUGGGGCUGCUGAUCUCUGGAAGAGCCUGGUUCUCGGGAGGGAGGACCAAUUGCUGCAUCUGUGUUGUCAACCGUCAGUUGUUUACAGCAUUUAUUCAUUUUGAUAUCUACCCUUGAAGGCCUUCCAUGAAGAACCCAGGGUCCCAAGUACUCAAGAAGGUCCUACUUGUUCACAUGGAAGUUUCUGGAAGUUUCUGGAUCAGAGCAGUGUGGUAGCACUCAAAUGAGGGCACAGGAGUUGGGUGAACAAUGGAGGAACUAAAGGGACAGUCUGGAUAAUUCUGACAGUAGUUAUCCCAUGGAAGAAGGAGAGAGGCCCAGAAGGUGUUGGCUCACGUUGCGGUUUUGAGAAAGCCUGAGGGCCAGAAAGCAGUCCUGGGAGAAGCCCUCUGGGUGGGCAGUCGGAACCUUCAGGUCCAGAGGAGAAGCCGUCCCCUCACCUGGACUUAUGACCCGCGGCUUCGCCCCCAGCCUGCCUGUCGAGUUCCCCAAGAUGGGCUCUUUCCGCAGGCCCAGACCACGCUUCAUGAGCUCCCCGGCGCUCAGCGACCUGCCCCGCUUCCAGGCAGCCCGCCAGGCUCUGCAGCUGAGCUCCAACUCGGCCUGGAACAGCGUCCAGACUGCCGUGAUCAAUGUCUUUAAAGGGGGCGGCUUGCAAAGCAAUGAGCUCUACACACUGAACGAAAACAUCAGGAGGCUGCUGAAGAGUGAACUUGGAUCGUUCAUUACAGACUAUUUUCAGAACCAGCUUCUAGCAAAAGGACUGCUGUUUGUGGAGGAGAAGAUUAAGCUGUGUGAAGGUGAAAAUCGCAUGGACGUUCUGGCUGACGUCUGGGACCACUUCUUCACUGAGACGCUCCCCACCCUGCAGGCAAUAUUCUAUCCAGUUCAGGGCCAGGAGCUGACCAUCCGCCAGAUCUCCCUGCUGGGCUUCCGCGACCUGGUCCUGCUGAAGGUGAAGCUGGAUGACUUGCUGCUGCUGGCCCAGCCCCAGCUGCCCUCGUCCAUCGUCCAGAUGUUGCUCAUCCUGCAGAGUGUCCACGAGCCCACAGGCCCAAGCGAGGGUUAUUUGCAGCUGGAGGAGCUGGUGAAGCAGGUCGUUUCUCCUUUCCUCGGCAUCAGCGAGGACCGCAGCGUCUCAGGCCCCACGUACACACUGGCCAGGCGCCACUCCAGGGCCCGGCCCAAGGUCACGCUCUUGAGCUACGCCUCCCCGAUGACCGCCGUCAGCCGGCCCCUGAACGAGAUGGCCCUGACCCCUCUGACGGAGCAAGAGGGCGAGGCCUACCUAGAGAAGUGUGGCAGUGUCCGGCGACACACGGUGGCCAAUGCCCACUCGGACAUCCAGCUGCUGGCCAUGGCCACCAGGAUGCACUCGGGCUUAGGGGAGGAGCCUGGCGGCGAGGACAAGUGCCUGCUUCUGCCACCCAGCUUCCCGCCGCCCCACCGGCAGUGCUCCAGUGAGCCCAACAUCACUGAUGGCCCCGAUGAGCCGGAGCAGGUGGCAGCGGGCAGCCAGGAGGACUCAGAGCUGAACUGUUCAUCCCUCAGCUGAAUGCCUGCCUCUGGGACCUCCCAGCUCCUGCCUGGCCACCAGGAUGAGGGCGGCUUCAUCCGCGAGGACCGCCGAGGGGAGCUCUUCCUUUGGGCAAUGCCGCCUUAUGCCUUUUCAGGUACAGGCUAGUGUGAGCGCCCUUGGGAAAAUCCCCGUCGUGAGCCUCUCCAUUUUCAUGACUGUGACCACCUACCUCUUGGCGGCCACACAGAUCCAACUGCCUAAUGUUCACCUUCUGACUUUCAGCCUUGCCUGCCUGACUCAACUCAAAUCCUCCUCUCUGGGCUUUUCCCCUCAGAUAUUGGACUAUCUGAUCCUCCCAGCCCUAUAUCGCAGUGCCCCUGGCGUUCCUAUAGCAGGAAGUCGUCCGACCCACACACACAGCCAGCAAGGAUGUGUUGGCGUGUGGAGUUCCCCUUGAGGGUCCUUGUGAUACAGAGGCCGAUGGGUGAAAAGAGGCAAUAGAGAGGUACCUCUUCUCUCCGUCUUGUGUGGAGUAAAAGUAGACUGCAGCCCCUCCCAAGCCUGACUCUGGGAAUGCAGCUUUCAUUUCAGUUUCAGAAUUACUGGGAAAGAGUGGCCCCACUGGUGGGUGAGGGUCUGUCCUCACCUAUAUCCAGACCCUAUGUGCUGCCCUUGGCUUUUGGCCCAGGAGGGCCACAGUGCUGGAGGAACCCCGUCUUUGAUUAAGCCUCAGCAUUCCCCUCUCAGGCUUCCUCCCCGACUCAAGGAACUAACCUUCCCGGUGGAGUAGCUGGUGCCUCCCUCCCUUUCUCAUUUCAGAAACUGACCCUUUUCCUAUUGUGGGGUUGGGGCCAGCUGAUACCAACCAACCAGUCUGUUCCUGGAUUUGACUUGAAUUUUUUAAAUGUGCAUCGUUUCAAAAAUAAAUUGCUUGCAAGUAUUUGCACGUAGGAUCUUGUACUGCUCAUUUCCAAUGGGGUGUGUCUUCAAACUGAAAAACAGCAAGCCCCCUAAGAAAGGAGACUGGAAGUGGUCCAGGGUGAAAGUGAUCCGUGGUGGGCAGGGCUUAGAGGCCGCAGAGCUCUGGAAGCAGCUGGACUUGAAUCCAGUGUGGCCUGUGUUUGUGAGUGUUGUGGUUUAUAGGAAAAGUUGCAUUGAGAUAGAGAGACUCAGCUUGUCUCAUGAGCUGAGAGUUCUAGCAAAUGGGAUGUCUCAGCGCUCUACAGUGCAGGGAGCUGGGAAAGAUGUGGGCAGGACCUUUUGGAGAGAUGUCCAUUCCCUGUGAUUAAAGAAGUGCCUGGAAUGUAUAACCUGUGGGGCCUUGACAUGUUUUUGGGGGCAGCGGGCUUUGGUACUGUGCUAUAUAUAUCCUCAGCACUCCUCCCUCCAUCCAGGUCUGGGCUUUUUAUCUCCGUUGACCUCCCUGUUCUUUUUGUAUUUGCCUGUUGGCCCCGCUGAUAACAGCUCCAGAAAAAAGAGAAGGCCCCUGGGCCCUUCUGGCACCUUCUAGGUAUCCUGUUAAUCUUUGGAAACUUUGUUUAUGAAAUGUCAGAGACAUGAGCCAGUUUGGCUUCCAAUAUGGCAGGAGGUGGCCGGGAGAGAAUGAGGACAGUUUAAGCUGCCAACAGAGGAGGAAAGCUUCUAAGCUCAUCUAAGCCUUGACAGCAUUUCCCUUCUGGGUGAAGAUUUGAAAUAUGACCAGAGGCAUGCUUUUGAUGGCUUUUGAUUUGGAAAUUUUGUUUAAAAAGUUGUUUCGUUUUCAGCCUUUUAAGAGAUUGAUGGAAGAGAAAUGUCCAAAGGAGAUCUUCUGAGAAUUUCAAACAAAAAAUAAUCUGUGUAUGCGUUGGAUAAAGUCCACAAAUUCACUAACAGGUAUCAGUAGGUAACAACAUGAUGAUUUAUUUAACUGAUGGCUUCUGUCCUUAUUGGUACACUUAGCACUUGGGACUAGUAUUUAUUGAUCCAGGCAAAGUAAUUAAUCAUGCUUGGGUUUGCUUUUUUAGUUUACAACCUGAAUGAUAUAUAUGUCUGUAAAUGCUUUUUCCACACACUAAAUGCCCCUGAUGGGGACAUCAGUCAUCAGUUAAAUAUGUAAGCUCUUAGGCUGAGAAUGGGAGUGUCAGUACAGACCCAGUGUACUUAAUUGCUAAUGAAUGUUAGCCAGUUUACAACUUUACCUUUGAUGUACACACCUGAUAUUUGUACAGUAUUUCACACUGUACAUAUAAAAAUUGUGCUGAUGUCUAUGAGCAUUCUAGCCAUCAGAGCUAUUGCAAGAGCGACAACCGUAGUGUUGUUUUUUGUUUUUUUGUUUUAAUUUUAUUAUUAUUUUUGGCUGCAUUGGACCUUUGUUGCUGCGUGCAGGCUUUCUCUAGUUUUGGCGAGCCGGGGCUACUCUUCGUUGUGAUGUGCGGGCUUCUUAUUGCGGUGGCUUCUCUUGUUGUGGAGCACGGGCUCUAGGUGCGCCGGUUUCAACAGUUGUGGCAUGCGGGCUCAGUAGCUGUGGCGCACGGGCUUAGUUGCUGCGCGGCAUGUGGGAUCUUCCUGGACCAGGGCUUGAACCCGUGUCCCCUGCAUCGGCAGGCGGAUUCUUAACCACUGCGCCACCAGGGAAGUCCAACCGUAGUGUUUUUAACCACUUUUUCUCCCCUUCACAAGAUGAAGAUUCGUUUUUGUUAUUUAAGCUAGCAUCUUCCGGUGGCUGAGGUUUAAUGACAGGAAAUGAUCAUGACUCUUAAAC